GUUUAUUAUAAACUUCUUAAUUUAGGAAAUAUCCUUGAACGUUUUCAUUGCAAAUUUAAUGAAGUUAAGCGCUUUUUGCUAGUGGCAAACUCGGGGAAUCCCAGCUUGGGGAAUCCCACAAGAGAAGCCAAAUCCGAUUCCUGUGCCUAUGCGUCAGCGGAAACGUAUUCAAUGUGAGUCAAUUUCCCGAUGAAAACUUGAAAGAAAAUGCUGGGGCACGUCCUUCUGAAUGGUUUUCAAUAUAUUUCAAGAGACUUUUGUGUCUAGUUGAACGUUUUAUCGACGCAAACCACGUCACGGGGGUUAGUCAUAAACCGAAGGUCACUUCCGGAAAGUUACGUGAAGUUAUAACAGGUUGUAGGUCGAAGAGUUAAAAAGUUUCGAGAAUAUAUCGUAACAGGCAAUUUCAGAUCCCGAGAGUGAUCAAGAGAAAGCUGAGAGAUAGAGAAACGACAGGAAAGAUGAAGAAAACGGAGCCUACAUUAUCAGAAACAAGGAAAGCAGGGAAUGCUACUCAAGAAUCUGAAGGGGAUGAGGAAGCUUGUAAUGCUAAAGGCUACCCGAAGGUUGCCCAGAAGCAGCCAAGACAAGAGUACAGAGCUUGUAAUGCUAAGGGCUACCCGGAGGUUGCCCAGAAGCAACCAAGACAGUUCAGAAGUAUUGAUUGUGAUAAUUGUAGACAUUUAAAGCGUAAGGUGGCAAAACUACGGAAAAGAGUAAAGCUAUUGGAGCGUAGUAAGGGAUACAUAGAGGAUGAUUAUGCAAUUCCUAGGCCAGGUCUCCUACCAAAGAAAAUUGGAGAAAAAUAUAAGAUGGUUGAGCUGGUCCCAGGCAGCUCCAUAUAUAUUCAUCGCCCAGACCUUGUUUCCUGUUUCAAACCUGGGAAGAUGAAGAAAGGUAGUGUGAAAUACGGUUUGAGGAUGGCUAGGUGGCUAAUGUCAGUUUUCUUUAGCAGUGAAGAAAUAGCAAACGGCACUCUAAAUAGCUCUACUGAGGGGAAGAAGCAGCUGAAUCCCAGGACAAUUAAAGCAAUAAUAGACAUCUGUUCAAAAAACAGUCCAGCCACCCCUGGCCAACUGCGCCAGGCCAUAGCCUGCAAAAUUACAUCAUUUUCCUGUAAAUCAAGAAAAAACAAAAAGAGCCCAGGUAAAACCACAGAAGACUGAAUGAAUAGGAUAUUUGUCAUCAGAGAACAACAAUAGG